AUGGAUGAAAUGCCGAACCCCGCUCACCAUCCAAUUUUUGAGCCGCAUGGCGAUGAAGUGUGGGCAAUGCAGAAUCUGGGAUUUGAGAGAUACUACAGGCAAGGCUCUCCACCAGAAGAAGUGGUGAGGGCUGUGGAGGAGGCCUAUGAGCGAGAGACAAAAUAUCACGAACCACCAACGUUACACUGCCUUGGAGGUAAUGAAUGCGAAGUCUUCUUAAGAUGUAGAGCUCCAGAGAUCGAAGGAACCAUUGAACGAACACUAGGAGUGGAGUUCAGCAAACUGAAACGACAACAACCGGUGAUCUUUCGGGGUGAAGGUGGCCAAUCUGAUUAUAGAAUGGCACACCCUUCCGGCAUCGGAGCAGAUGGGUUUUCGGUUUUCGGGGUGGUAAGAGGCUCCGCAUCCAUUGUUUUGUACCCUGGUUUUCUGGGGGAGCCUGCGGCUCGGUAUGAGCCCAAGCUCGACAACACUGAAUUACUGGCUGUACCGGGUCAAACCUUCGUGGAAAUCAGACCCACUGGUGAUGUUCUGAUGGUUUGGUGGGGAUUCUCCAGAGAGCUCAUCCUGGCUAAAGCUGCCUCGCCUUUUGUUUUGCCUUUUAUGGUUUUUGAUCCGCGGGGGAGAAGCUAA